GUGGGAAUUUGUUGUUGUGGCAUUGCUAUUUUUAUUGCUGGUGUUAUAACUGUCGUCAUCGACAUUUCCAUAAUCAUCAAAAUCAGUUCAAGUAUAAUGGUUGUACAAUUCCCAAAAUCUGUUGCAGUAGAUUGUAAACUUGGAUUACAUAUUGUUUGUCAGGAUAAUAUCUUUUUGGCAGGUAAUUUUUUGUCCCCAUUGGGACUUGAACCUGGAACCUCUCACAAAUCUUUCCCAACCCUUUACCACUUGAGAUAGGUCUCAAGGGAUGAUUUGUCAGGAUAAUAUUCCUUCUUUCCCCUUCUCAAUCUUUGGUCUAUUCUAAUUAUUUUGGAUUUCUUAAAGAUCAGACUUGGACUUUAUGCAACACCAAAGGCUCUACUUAAUGUCACUUUUAGGAUUUGCUAUUUGUCUUAUUUGUCACUGUUCUAAGAGAAUAAUGCAAUCCUUGAGCCUCAGGAUCAAUGGUUUUAAAGGCGUUUGUGGGGCGCGCCCUGAGGCGCGCCUUGAGGCGAGGCGCAGCGAAAACGCGUUGAGGCGUUAAAAAUAAAGCGAAACACCUGAAAGGCGUACGCUUUUUUGGUGAGGCGUGAUUGAGGCGCGCUUUGCUCGCGCCUUUCACGCUUUUCCGGUGAGGCGUACGCUUCGUCGGAUCUGAUGUGGCAAUGAACAGAGACUUAAAAAAAACCCUAAGUAAUCCCUAAAACCCCAAUCCCGACUGAAAACAAACCCAAAACGAAACCCUACCUCUUCCAGUCAAGCGGCGACGGAGUGCUCACCCUCGGCGGCGACCAAUCGCAGCGAUCUUCUCCGGCGGCAAUCCCUCUCAUCUCCAGAAUGAGUUCCUCCGAUUCGAAAAAUUCAAGAAAAGAUUUUGUGUGGAAGUAUGUUCUUGAAGUUACCGGGGAGCAAUAUUUAAGAUGUAAAUUUUGCAAUCAAAGAUGCACGGGAGGGGUGAAUAGACUCAAGCAUCACUUAGCCGGAACUCAUCAUGGUAUGAAACCAUGCAACAAGGUUAGUGAAGAUGCUAGAUUGGAAUGCAAAGAGGCAUUGGCCAAUUUUAAGGAUCAAAAAACGAAAAGAAAUGAAUUGCUCCAAGAAAUUGGUAUGGGUCCUAAUUCAAUGCAUGAGAGUGCCUUGUCUAAAACAAUAGGGACAUUAGGGAGUGGGAGUGGGAGUGGGAGUGUAAGUGGGAGUGGGGAACCUAUUCCUAGGGGACCCAUGGAUAAAUUUACCACUUCACAACCUAGACAAACUACUUUGAAUUCAAAGUGGAAGCAAGAAGAAAGGAAGGAAGUGUGUAGAAAAAUUGGUAGAUUCAUGUAUUCAAAAGGUCUCCCAUUCAACACUGUGAAUGAUCCUUAUUGGUUUCCUAUGAUAGAUGCUAUUGCAAAUUUUGGGCCCGGGUUUAAGCCUCCAUCUAUGCAUGAAUUGAGGACAUGGAUUCUUAAAGAAGAGGUGAAUGACCUAAGUAUCAUUAUGGAAGAUCACAAAAAAGCUUGGAAACAAUAUGGAUGUUCAAUUAUGUCAGAUGGUUGGACAGAUGGAAAGAGUAGGUGUCUUAUCAAUUUUUUGGUGAAUAGUCCUGCUGGCACUUGGUUUAUGAAAUCAAUUGAUGCUUCUGAUACAAUAAAAAAUGGGGAAUUGAUGUUCAAAUAUCUUGAUGAGGUGGUUGAAGAAAUUGGAGAGGAGAAUGUUGUGCAAGUCAUCACUGAUAAUGCCUCUAAUUAUGUGAAUGCUGGAAUGAGGCUUAUGGAAAAAAGGAGAAAAUUGUGGUGGACUCCUUGUGCUGCUCAUUGUAUUGAUUUGAUGUUGGAGGAUAUUGGAAAGCUAAAUGUCCAUGCUACUACACUAUCUCAAGCUAGGCAAGUAGUGAAGUUCAUAUAUGGGCAUACUUGGGUUCUUAGCUUGAUGAGAACAUUUACAAAAAAUCAUGAACUUCUUCGUCCAGCAAUUACACGAUUUGCUACUGCAUUUCUUACUCUCCAAAGUCUUUAUAAGCAAAAGCAAGCUCUUAUAGCAAUGUUCUCAUCAGAAAAAUGGUGUUCAAGCACAUGGGCUAAAAAGGUAGAAGGUGUGAAAACUCGAAGUACAGUGUUGUUUGAUCCAAAUUUUUGGCCUCAUGUUGCUUUUUGCAUAAAGACCACUGUUCCAUUAGUUAGUGUCUUGAGAGAGGUUGAUUCAGAGGAAAGACCAGCCAUGGGUUAUAUUUAUGAGUUGAUGGAUUCAGCUAAGGAGAAGAUUGCAUUUAAUUGUCGAGGUGUGGAGAGAAAAUAUGGCCCAAUUUGGAGAAAAAUUGAUGCAAGAUGGACUCCGCAACUUCAUCGACCUUUACAUGCAGCGGGUUAUUAUCUUAAUCCUCAAUUGCGGUAUGGAGAUAAGUUUUCUAAUGCUGAUGAGGUGAGGAAGGGAUUAUUUGAAUGCAUGGAUAGGAUGUUGGAUUAUCAAGAACGUUUAAAAGCUGACAUUCAGUUGGACUCAUAUGACCAAGCAAUGGGUGAAUUUGGGAGUCGUAUUGCAAUUGAUUCUCGAACAUUAAGAAGUCCUACAAGUUGGUGGAUGCGUUUUGGAGGUUCAACACCGGAGUUGCAAAAGUUUGCUAUUCGAGUCCUUAGCCUUACUUGUAGUGCUUCGGGAUGUGAAAGAAAUUGGAGCACAUUUGAGUCGAUCCAUACAAAAAAAAGAAAUAGACUUGAACAUCAAAGGUUGAAUGCUCUAGUGUAUGUAAGAUACAACACUAGAUUGAGAGAGCGAAGUCUACAAAGGAAACAAAAUGUUGAUCCGAUUUUGGUAGAGGAGAUUGAUUCGGAUGAUGAAUGGAUUGCGGAGAAAGAAGAUCCCCUCCUCCCCCUUGAUCUUUGUUGGCUUCAAGAUAAUGAGUUAUUCAGUGUUGAUGCCAUUAGAGCUGUUUCAUCCAACUCCCAAGAGAUUGAAACAUCAUCGGAUCACAUGGUUUCUUCACAUUCCUACAAAAGGAAACAUAAUGAAGUACCAAGUACAAGUGGAGGCAAAGGCAAAGAGAAGGAGUUGAAUUUGACACCAAUUGAUGAAGAUGAAGAUUUACAUGAAAUGGGGAUACAUGAUAGUGGACAUUUUCCUACUAUUGAUACAUUGGAUGAGGAUGAUGAUGACCUUGAUGAUGAGGAUUUAAGUUGAAACAAUUGACUCUAGUUGUUAUUUUAUGACUUAGUUAUAGAUUUUUUGUAAAA